AUGUCUGUCCUGUUCCCCAGAGAUACCGCUGACGGUCUGCAGUCUCAGUCCGGCUCCUACGAAAACGCUCCCCCCGACUUGGCCGCCCCCGUCCCCGCCCGAGACCCCUAUGACACUCGAGCUGCCUCACCUCCCAGGCGGUCUAGCGUCUCUGAGGACCGGUACUCGGCUCGGCCGCCUCCCGCCAGGUACGACUACGACGAGGCCCCCAGAGACGUAGCCGCAGACAGCGGUGGAUCCGGCGCUCCCGCUCCCUUUCGCCCCCCCGAGGCUCCCAAGGUCGAAGCCAACAAUGUCCUUGGUGUAUUUGGUCUCUCCAUCCGCACCCGUGAACGUGACCUCGAAGAUGAGUUCAUGAGGUACGGCGAUGUCGAAAAGGUCGUCAUUGUGUACGACCAGCGCAGCGACAGAUCUCGGGGGUUCGGGUUCAUUACUAUGAGGACCGUUGAGGACGCUACCAGGUGCAUCGACAAGCUCAAUGGUCUCAGCCUGCACGGACGAAACAUUCGAGUUGACUACUCGGCCACUCAGAAGCCUCAUCACUCGACUCCCGGACAGUACAUGGGUGUCAAGAGGGGGGGCUAUGGCGGCGAUAGCUAUCAACGUGAUGACCGUCGGGGCGGCGGCAGGUACGAUGACCGACGUGACUAUGGCAGGAGAGACGACUAUCACUCCGGCUCGCGGGACAGCUAUCGCGAUAACCGUCGUGACCGAGACCCCUACGAGGGUCGAAGCAGGCGUGAUGAAUACGACUACCACAAGGACAAGUACGCCGGCGACAAGUCUUACGACUAUGACGACCGAAGGAGGUGA